GCGGCCCCGCCGCCCCCGGGGAAGGCUCUGCUCCGGGGAGCAGCGGGGGGAGGCGGCUGGCACAGACGCCGAAGCUCCGCCGCCCACCCCCCGGCAGCGCCGCAGUCUGCCCAUCGCCGGCAGCCCCGGGAGAUGGUGACAUAUGAAGCGUGCGGGAAGGACCAUGGUUGAGAGGACCAGCAAGUUCUUGCUGAUCGUGGCCGUCUCGGUGUGCUUCAUGCUUAUCCUGUACCAGUACGUGGGGCCGGGGCUGAGCCUGGGUUCCCCCAGCGGCCGCUCCUACUCGGAGGAGCUGGACCUCUUUCCCACGCCGGACCCGCACUACGUGAAGAAGUAUUACUUCCCCGUGCGGGAGCUGGAACGGGAGCUCGCGUUCGACAUGAAGGGCGAGGACGUGAUCGUCUUUCUGCACAUCCAGAAGACCGGCGGCACAACCUUCGGCCGCCACCUGGUGCAGAACGUGCGGCUGGAGGUGCCGUGCGACUGCCGGCCCGGGCAGAAGAAGUGCACCUGCUACCGGCCCAACCGCAGGGAGACCUGGCUCUUCUCUCGCUUCUCCACGGGCUGGAGCUGCGGGCUGCAUGCCGACUGGACCGAGCUCACCAACUGCGUGCCCGGGGUGCUGGACCGCCGGGAGAGCGCCGCGGCCAAGACGCCCAGAAAAUUUUACUACAUCACUCUGCUGAGAGACCCCGUUUCUCGUUACCUCAGUGAAUGGCGUCACGUCCAACGAGGAGCUACUUGGAAGACCUCCUUGCACAUGUGUGAUGGCAGGACACCCACUCCUGAAGAGCUGCCCUCAUGCUACGAGGGCACGGACUGGUCGGGCUGCACACUGCAGGAGUUCAUGGACUGCCCCUACAACCUGGCCAACAACCGCCAGGUGAGGAUGUUGGCUGACUUGAGCCUGGUGGGCUGCUACAACAUGUCCUUCAUCCCAGAGAACAAGCGAGCGCAGAUCCUGCUGGAGAGCGCCAAAAAAAACCUCAAAGAUAUGGCCUUUUUCGGCCUGACAGAGUUCCAGAGAAAGACUCAGUACCUGUUUGAGAGGACUUUCAACCUGAAGUUCAUCCGGCCCUUCAUGCAGUACAACAGCACGCGGGCGGGCGGCGUGGAGGUGGACAACAACACCAUCCGCAGGAUCGAGGAGCUCAACGACCUGGACAUGCAGCUCUAUGACUAUGCAAAGGACCUCUUCCAGCAGCGCUACCAGUACAAGAGGCAGCUGGAGAGGAUGGAGCAGAGGAUCAGGAACCGGGAGGAGAGGCUCCUGCACCGCUCCAACGAAGCGCUUCCCAAGGAAGAGACCGAGGAGCAAGGACGUUUGCCCACUGAGGACUACAUGAGCCAUAUUAUAGAGAAAUGGUAGCCUAGGCAGACUUUUAUAUUAAUGAUAUUGUGGGGUUUCCAUAUGAGAGACGGUGGAAGUAAAAAUAACAACAACAAAAAAAAACAAAACAAAAACAAAACAUAUUUUAUUUAAAAACAAGUCUGUAAAACAGAAGGUAGAUUGCUUCCUUAAGUAUAGGGUCUUUUUACUGUUUCUUACAAGACCGAUGAGAUUCUUAAAAAAAUCAAUAAAUACAUAAAAAUAAAAAAAGGGUCAACAUUCUAACGCAGAGAUUAAAAAAUGCACAAAUGCAGUUACCCGAGCAUAAGGCCAAAUACAGAAGAAUGUUUCUUAUCCUCAUGAUUUUACACAAAUGGCAGAAGUAGGAUUUUUUUAAAAUCUGUUUAUCCCCUGAGCCUCAUGCUCUAAAGAUACAUAAUUAAAAAACAAGGAAACAGAGGUUUUCUUUUGUGGGGGAGGUGGGGUGGGAAUUGCACUGUUUGUCAGUAACUGAUAAUGGUGACUGAGUUGUGGAUGGGCCAUCCUGUCAGGCUGGGACCUGAGCACACAGGCAGUCAUAGCAUUUCAGCUGGCAGCCACUGCCAGAAAGUAGAGCACCAUAAAAAAGAAAAAAGAAGAAAACCAGUCAGAGGAUGAGAAACAUUAAAGCAAAUUGACUGUGGCCUGGGAAAUGUACUUAGCACAGUGGUUCUGAUUCAUUGCACUAGUAUCACAUAUACAUACGCAGCUUCAUCACAAAAAUAAUGGGAAAUUCGUACACAAAACUCCCAGAUUUGCUUCCCAGACAGGUCCCAAAACAAGUUAAGAGCCAGCCAUAGACUCAAACCUGCACUGACAUGUUGUCCUGUCAGCUUACACCACUACCACUCAAGCCACUAUCAGUAUUGUUUGCUAACAGCACACAAAAACCCUAUCCUACAUACUACCAAAAAAAAAAAAAAAAAAAAAAGGAAGAAAAAUGUAAUAACUCCUUCAUAAAUCCACAAAAAAUUCAGACCCUGCAAAUGAUAUGUCACUAAUAGGAAUGUGACAAGGGGGUGAUUUUGUUUUGUUUGUUGCUAUGAGAAAUACUGACCCAGAAUAAGCAUAUAGACCUUCCCUAGCUGUAUUAUUUCAGUUAUUUUUACUUGCUUUUAUCAAGGCAUAAUGGGCAUCAGCCUGCUUCCAAUAAAGUCACUAGAACUGAUUUAAGUGGGGACAGGAUGGGCCUCUUUUCCAGAGCUGUGAAAAUUUCUGACUAUGGGUCUAAAUUAAUUAUGAGACAGUGCACAUUGUCUUUUGGCAGGGUGCCUGUUCUGCAGCCCUUACUUUAAAUGAACAAGCUAUGUUCAUAAAACUGGAAAGGGGAAUCAUGGACAGUGUUUUUUUAGUCUCAGACCACUCUAAAAGCAGAACUCUUUCAAUGCUGUUUUUUAGGGCCUCAGUGUGGGGACAGUCUAACCAGGUUCUGCUUACUUACUUUUGAGACAGAACAACAAUGACUUCUCUAAUUCCUCUUUCCACUCACCAAAUUAAAACAUGGCUUAUUUUUUGCUGUUGCAAGCACUUCUUUGUUUGGCUGGAAGCAUGGAAAUGAAGCGGUUUUUGCCUGGUUCAUGUCUCACUGUUAAUACUCAGCCUGUAAGACCUGAACCAGCUAUUGUUUAGGGUAAACUCUGAACCAAAUGGAAUAGGAUUUCAUGUUCAAAGGCCACAUUAACUGCAAAUCAAUAUGGCAUUGAAAUCACUGGAGAAGAGGCAGAGAGCUGAUGAACUCAACUUUAGCGUGUCAUUUUUACAGCAUCCCUUUCCCAUCACACAGGUCCACUCUGUGCUGCUUGGUUUGGAUUUUAAUUCUUUCUCUGCCUCUGUGCACUGUUUCCAGCAGUUUCAAGGUCAGACUGAGUUUUGCAAAGGAAGGGCUUCUGGGGGAUACACCUUGCUUUUGAAUACAUUUUUUCCCUAUAGAGCAAAGACAGCUAAAAAACUUGAGAAGGAAAAACACAAAGAGCCCUGAGGGCUCAAACAAAAUUCUGUUACAGCCCUGAGCCAAAGUCCACCAGAGUCAGAGGAUGUCUUUCCUGUUGAUUUCAGGUGGAUUUUGGUCAGGUCCUGGUCUGAUCCUGCUGCUGCAGAGUGCACAAGCACACACUCAGCUGCCUUCAGGGACAGCAGGACAUUGUCAGCCACAUAUUUGGCUGGAACUAGGAGGUGCUGGUUCUGUCCAUGUCUUUAAGGUUGUGCCAGUGCUUCUGCCACAGAAUGGCUCCUGUUCCCAGAAAUGUGUAACUUGGCCAUAAGCAUUUCCUCCUGCAUGAAAACUGGGGAGCAAAAUGAAACGGUAUUUGGUGAUUGGCUUGGGGGAAGAGAAGGUUAUUACAAAUCCAUUGUUCAUCUCUGAAUCCCAAGACUGGCAGAAUCUAUGUCUGCUACUUGCCAGCACUUUUACAUUUUGCUGUAACUAGAGAAAACAUUUGCAUGUUAAAAAUGCAGCUUUGCAGGCUGUUUACCCACAAGACCAGCACAUGAGAUAUAAAAAGCAACUGUUGCUGCACAUGCACAGUUUCCACCUUUCCCCAAAAGCUUUUCAGGGUGUGUCCUGUGUGGUGGAUCCAUAAGGCACGAGGGGUUCUUGCAGCUAAUCCCUGUUUGUGUCUCACUGCUGGGGCUGUGUGGGAUUCAGAGCAGGAUUGUGAUUAGGCUGUGUCUGCCUGAGCUGUUCUGUGUUACAGGCUCUGAGUAACCAGCUGGAUGUUAAUGAAUCUGUCUGCUGGGUUGUCUAAAUCAGAAGCAGCCUCUGACCUUAGAAGCAUGUCAGUAGAAGACCUUGCUCCAACAUUUAUUUAUAUGUUUUGUAAUGAUUGCAGGAACAAGCAAAAGAAAUGAAAUUAUAUUGAAAACUGUCUUUGGUUAACAGUUUCGUUUCAAACACAAAAGGAGGGCUGACCUCAGUACUGAGGCAGAAGUUAGAAGGUUUAAAUCCUGCACCCAUGCAAAUGCCUCAGUUUUUCCGCCUCUACAAUGGAAGUAACAAAUUUAGGGACUCUAAAAGAGUACUCCAAGGUAUGAAAAGUACAGGGCACUUUGAAACAGAUUAUGGAUAAUGGGAAUGAACAGAAUCACCCAAAAGCCCUCCCUCACCCUGGCUGCUGUGCUGGUCUGCUUCUGGCUGUUAAUUGAUUUUAAGUGCUGUGUACCAGAACAUGGGUUGCAGGACAUACCUGGCACUGUCUUCUUCCUUUAGUGGGUACAAGGGAAGGGAUUUUUAACAUAAUGUGAAUGUAGUUUUUUGUGAUUUAUAUGUACCACACUUUGAAGUGGUACUAUUUCUUUUCUUUCUAGGACUGAUAUUUUGAUGCUACAAUAACAUGAAAAGUGUGUGUGUGUAGUUUUAAAAUGAAUGGAGAAGAACAGCUUUAAGGCACUCUGGCAGAAGUAGUGGCCAGAUAGUAGAUUCUUGUUCAAUAUCUGCCUCUUCCUUUCAAAAGGUUUUUCCUGUGACUUCCAGACACACCAAAAGCUUCUUCAGGACAUGAAGUGUUUCUUCAGGGGGUCUGUCAGUGUAUCAUGAUCAGGUCAGGUUAGGAGAGUGCUGGGAGCAGUGCAGGCAGGUGCAAGACUGGACUUGUCCCUUAGGGACUUUGUGACUUCUUGGGGCACAGAAGUCAAUUUGCUUUUAGUCACGUAAACAGUGAAAACAUCAAUGCUUGGUGUGUGUUCUUGCUGAAGAAAACAUUUUCUUGCUGGUUUGUCUCAUCGUAGUUAGCUCUGUUGAAGGAGUUUGCCUCAUCCACGGUUUUCCAGACAGAUGCCACCUUGUACCCUGUCCAGGUCACAAAAUGCAGGAUUGACCAGCAAGGUUGCCAGCCCAGGCUGUCACAGGGUUCAAAGUCAUAAACAAAAAAAAAAAAAAAAAGAAAAAGUCAGAAAAGGGUAUUUUUGGCUUGUCUAAAUUUCUCCCUUUAUGCCCAACAUUUUAGAAUAAUGAGGAGCACUUCAGUUGAUGUUUUUGCACCCCACAGUCCCUUACUUGCUUAUAGAAAAGGGAUGACGAUGGAAGCAGCAUAAGAAAGAUCCCAAUAAGGUUUUGAAUCCUCUCUCCCAGGGCUGUCCUGUUAGAGCAGAAAAGAGCAGUGCAGUUCUGAGAGUGUGCCCAAGCAGGAGGAGUCCCCAUGGCAGUACAAUUAGGAAGUUCUCCCUCUGAGCCAGUCAGGUCACUUCAGAGAGUAGUGGGUGAUGAUAGCAUCACAGCACAGGGCCUGGCCAAGGUUCAUACCUUGGGGUUAAAAGCAUCUCUGAUGUUUGUCUCACUGGUGUUCAGAGUUACCCAGACCCCAGAGACUUCUCCAGUCAUCAGAAAAAAGGAGUGGCACUCCAGGAAUUCAUCCCCAACCUGUGCUUGGUGCUGUAUUCCCGGAGCUGUAGCUUGGCAUGCAGCUGGCACUAUCUGCUGGACUCAGAUCCCAGGGCUGGCUGUGUUCUCUUCUUAUUCUUCUUUUCACUUCCACUAAUGCUAGCAGCUCAUGUUCCUGAGGCAGACGUGAGCAUGGGAUCCACUGCCUGAUCUAGAGUGUUCCAAGCCAUUGUAGCGCAGGUCAGUGAGCAGCAGCUCAGGUGAGCAGGGCACACAAUCCCAGCUAUCCGUGGCUGCUUGUUUUACCCCAUCCACAGGAAUUUUGCCAAGGUGAAUGCAGCCCUGAUGAGCACAUGGGUGUUAAAGCCUGUGUUGUCCCAGCUCUGUAAUUCUUAGCCAUGCAAGAUGAAAAAAGCCAGAUUUGCAAAUGAGUCUGUCUCCUGAGAGCCCUACAAUUCCCCCUCCCUGUUCAGUUCCCUCACGUGUCAAUUCUAGAGACCGGAUUGAGAGAGUUGUACUAUAAUGAAUAAUUUUAUAUUCAAAAGGUUUACUGAGCAUGAUUUGUUUUGUACAUAUUGGAAUAUGAUUUAACUUAUUUUUAUUGCCCCUUUUAAUCUUUUUUUUUUCCAUAAGGAGAAGACAAAAAUCCCCAUCCUCUCUCAAUGUGAAGUUCCUGGUGUUUAUGUGUAGUCUGCCAGUCAAACACACAAGAGGCAGAGGAUUUCUUACCAUCCCUACAGCUAUCUGAUUUUGGUUUGCAUUGUCAUUUCCAUUCAUCUGGGACCUUGCUUAUAUUGUCUUUUUUUUCCUCCUUGCUGCACAGUCUGCACAGAGCAGGGAAAGGUGAAUGCAGGCAGGAUUUUCUUUUUCUUCCUCUCCCCUUUCUUGUGUGCUUUACUUACCUCAGUUCCUCUAGGAGUUGUGUGACUGAGGGUAAAAAAAUACAACUGUCCCCCACCUGCCUUCCAUCCUCCAUGUUGUAGAUCAAACAGAUUCAGCUUCUCUGAAAGUGACUGUGGCUGGACUCAUUCCAUUGGGCUGAAUGUGAAUGGUUUGCACUUUCCCCCCCACUUCAGGAACUUAAAACCAACAAAAAAUAAAAGGCAACUGUUUUAACUUGAGCCGAGUAACACUUAAAGCUUUAUAUAUUUAUUUAUAGCAUCUUACAAAAAGUGUUAAAAGGUUUUUUCUUCCACAAGAAAAAUAAAAUUUUAAAAAAUCAUCUAAUUGUUUUUGUCUAGAUCAAGGAUGAAUGUUAGCAGAUGAAAUAAACCCUAAAAUUGAGCAUC